AUGAGCGGCGAGAUCGAUGCCGUCUACGUAUAUGAUGAGCACAACGCCCCUCUGGUUGAGCAUGUCUACCGAUCCCGUCCACCCUCCGCAGCCGCCAUCCUGCCCCUCUACCUAGCCCAUGCUACUCCCCGCCCCUCCUUGCUCUACCUCCCCGGUACAACUCCACCGGUGACGGUUUUUUCAAUCAUUCAAUCGAAUCUUUUGUUUCUUGCAGUGACGGAGGUGGACACGGAACCGCUACUUGUGUUAGAAUUUCUGCACCGCGUGGUAGAUGUUCUCGAGGACUUUGUUGGCGCACCACUGCUUUCAACAAAGAUCCAAGCGAAUUACGAUGUAGUCGCUCAACUACUACAUGAGAUGUGCGACGCGGGGAUAGUAUGCAACACGGAACCCAAUGCUUUACAAGAAGUGGUUGAAGUGCCGGGGUGGAUGGGGAAGCUCCUCGGAGGAAUCAAUGUACCCGGUGCCUCCACGCCAUCGAGCAACCCUUUGAAACAGUCAUUGGCGGCAAGUAGCGCUGCCCAGGGUCCCGCAAUUCCCUGGAGACGACCUGGGGUGCGCCAUACAUCGAACGAACUCUACGUCGAUAUCAUUGAAUCCCUUUCGGUAAAAAUGGCGCCGUCUGGACGACUGUUAUCCGCUUUAGUCUCCGGGACGAUUGCAUUCACCGCGAAGAUAUCAGGAGUGCCGGACCUGCACCUUUCUCUAUCCGCACCAGGUGGCCAACAGACACUGGCCCGCAAAAUUGAACUCCCAGUGUUUCACCCCUGUGUGCGUCUCGCUCGGUGGCGGGAGCGGCCAGGAGAACUUAGCUUCGUGCCACCGGACGGGCGAUUUAUCUUGGCGGGCUACGAGGUCGAUCUACUUCCGAUUGAUCCAGAUCUUGACCAAGCGCCAAGUCACAUGGAGAAGCUGUUUCUACCCGCAAUAGUGGACAUUCGCAAGUCUCUGGGCCUUUCGGGAUCAGAUUUUGAGGUUCGACUGACGCUGAACACAAACUUCCCUGGCCAAACUACGUCCUCACGACUGGCGGCUUCGCGAGGGGGCUCUGGCACUUCGACUCCGUCGUUCCUCGGCGGUGGUGGUAAUCCCACGGGGCCCGUACUGGAGGAGGUUGUGGUGAGUGUACCGAUCUCUAAAUCGGUGCGACACAUUACGGAUAUGCAAGCUAGCCGUGGCGAUGCACAGUUCUCCCCUACCACUGGCUUGCUUGAAUGGCGGGUCCCCACCACCCGUGAUGCUGGAACUAUUGCAGGUACAGCAACACUGCGCUGUACUGUCGCGGGCUAUCCAUCGGCCGAUGAGGAUUUUGAGGACAGCCUUGAGGAUGCUGAUGAAGAUGCCAACGCGAAUCUUCUGCAGGGCUAUUACGAAGCCCCUACAUCUUAUAAUGACCCGACUGCGGGUACUCCCAGGAAGGUCCGAGAUCCGUCAAAGCGAAAAAAGAAAAAAAGAAGUCAACCAAAAAGUCGUCUCGAUCUGGCGCCGUCUUGUCUGAAGAAGCAGACGACGUUCCAGCAGAAGAUUCCACAGAACCACUUUUCCAAACCUCAUACUCCGACUCCUUCGUCUCAAAAUCCAGUCAACACUACAGCCUCCUCUCAGCUUCCGGCGUUCUUUUCGACUUCAGCUACUGCUCGCCCCACACCUCGCCGGACAAAGGCCCAAAUCAAUGCCGACCUCAUGCCAAACUCCGCAUCUGUCUCUUUCUCUGUUCGGGGAUGGCUUCCAUCUGGGAUAAAGGUGGAUAGUUUGAACAUCGAUCAACGGCGAAGCCGUGGUCUCGGCGAAAGUGUCAAGCCAUAUAAGGGUGUCAAGUAUCUUUGUGUGAGCAGGCGUGGUGUUGAGCGGCGAUGCUGA